ACAUAAAACCGCGGUUCUUGCCCUGACGCGGUGGGUGCUAAGUGCCGGCUGGGGCCCCGCGUUGGAUUUCACUUCGAUUUUGGAAGGUUGACUGCAUGGUUCCGUAGUCUCUGGGAACACACAAUUACUUACCACUGACCAAGAGACGCGUCUUGCUCCGUCAAUUUAUUUCUCACCCAAGGUCCUGCGUGUCUAAUAUUUAGACAUGUUCAGCUUUGUGGAUUCAAGGACUGUUCUGCUACUUGUAGCAUCCCAGGUUGUUUUACUAUCUGUUGUCAGAUGUCAACAAGAGGACGACCAAUCAAUUGGUGCUAAGGGCCAGAAAGGUGAACCAGGCGAGAUUGCAGAUGUUGUAGGACCAAAAGGACCAGCAGGCCCCAUGGGCCCCUCUGGAGAGCAGGGACCACGUGGAGAGGCAGGUGCUAAGGGUGAUAAGGGAAAUAUUGGCCCCAGAGGAAGAGAUGGUGAGCCUGGCACCCCAGGGAACCCCGGACCCCCUGGCCCCCCUGGACCCAAUGGCCCCCCUGGACUUGGCGGGAACUUUGCUGCUCAGAUGGCAGGUGGAUUUGAUGAGAAAGCUGGAGGUGCUCAGAUGGGAGUGAUGCAAGGACCUAUGGGCCCUAUGGGUCCCCGUGGCCCCCCUGGCCCCUCAGGAGCCCCUGGCCCACAAGGAUUCCAAGGAAACCCCGGUGAGACUGGCGAGCCCGGUGCAGCUGGCCCCAUGGGACCCCGUGGCCCAUCUGGACCCUCUGGUAAACCAGGAAGUGAUGGUGAGGCUGGUAAACCUGGAAAGGCUGGUGAGCGUGGACCUGCAGGGCCUCAGGGUGCUCGUGGAUUCCCUGGAACCCCUGGACUUCCUGGAAUUAAAGGACACAGAGGUCACCCUGGCCUGGAUGGUGCCAAAGGAGAGGGUGGUGCUGCAGGAGCCAAGGGGGAGGGUGGAGCUCCCGGAGAGAACGGAGCACCUGGACCAAUGGGACCCCGUGGUCUGCCUGGUGAAAGAGGUCGUCCUGGACCCUCUGGAGCUGCUGGUGCUCGUGGUAAUGAUGGCUUGCCUGGUCCUGCUGGUCCCAAUGGGCCUGUUGGUCCUGCUGGAGCUCCAGGUUUCCCAGGGUCUCCAGGUGCUAAGGGAGAGGCUGGACCUACUGGAGCCCGUGGAUCUGAGGGCGCUCAGGGGCCCCGUGGAGAAGCUGGCACCCCAGGAUCUCCUGGACCUGCAGGAGCCUCUGGCAACCCUGGUACUGAUGGUAUCCCUGGAGCUAAAGGAUCUGCUGGUGCUUCUGGUAUUUCUGGUGCCCCUGGAUUCCCAGGCCCACGUGGCCCACCCGGACCACAGGGAGCAACAGGACCUCUUGGGCCCAAGGGACAGUCGGGAGACCCUGGUAUUCCUGGGUUCAAAGGUGAAGCCGGACCCAAGGGGGAGCUUGGCCCUGCCGGUCCCCUCGGAGCCCCUGGCCCAGCUGGUGAGGAGGGCAAGAGAGGAGCCAGAGGAGAGCCUGGUGCUGCUGGACCACUUGGACCUCCUGGCGAGAGGGGAGCACCUGGUAAUCGUGGUUUCCCAGGUCAGGAUGGUCUUGCAGGUGCUAAGGGUGCUCUUGGUGACCGUGGUGUUCCAGGAGUGGGUGGGCCUAAGGGUGGUACUGGAGACCCUGGCCGCACAGGAGAGCCUGGUCUGCCUGGAGCCAGAGGUCUCACUGGUCGCCCUGGAGAUGCUGGUCCUCAGGGAAAAGGUGGUCCAUCUGGUGCCGCUGGUGAGGAUGGUCGCCCUGGACCUCCUGGUCCUCAGGGUGCCCGUGGCCAGCCUGGAGUGAUGGGAUUCCCCGGACCUAAGGGAGCCAAUGGUGAGCCUGGCAAAGCAGGAGAGAAGGGUCUUGUUGGUCGCACUGGUCUGAGGGGUCUGGGCGGAAAGGAUGGUGAGACUGGUGCUGCUGGACCUCCCGGUCCUGCUGGACCUGCUGGAGAGAGAGGAGAGCAAGGACAGCCUGGACCCUCUGGCUUCCAGGGUCUGCCUGGACCUGGCGGACCCCCAGGAGAGAGUGGCAAGCCAGGUGACCAGGGUGUUCCUGGAGAGGGUGGAGCUGCUGGUGCCACUGGACCUAGAGGUGAGCGUGGUUUCCCUGGCGAGAGGGGUGGAGCUGGACCUCAGGGUCUGCAGGGACCUCGUGGACUUCCUGGAACUCCCGGAACUGAUGGACCCAAGGGAGCCAUCGGGCCAUCUGGCGGUGCUGGUGCCCAGGGGCCCCCAGGCCUCCAGGGUAUGCCAGGAGAGAGAGGAGCUGGUGGUAUCUCUGGAGCUAAGGGAGACAGAGGUGACAAUGGUGAGAAAGGACCUGAGGGUGCGUCUGGAAAGGAUGGCUCUAGGGGUUUGACUGGUCCAAUUGGUCCUCCUGGUCCAGCUGGACCUAAUGGCGCUAAGGGAGAGACAGGAGCUUCUGGACCUACUGGUGCUGGUGGUGCUCGUGGUGCUCCUGGUGACCGCGGUGAGACUGGUCCUCCUGGGCCUGCUGGCUUCGCUGGACCUCCUGGUUCAGAUGGACAGCCUGGUGCCAAGGGAGAGAUUGGUGAGGGUGGACAGAAGGGUGACGCUGGUGCCCCUGGCCCUCAGGGACCCUCCGGGGCCCCUGGACCUGUGGGUCCCACUGGUGUUUCUGGACCUAAAGGAGCCCGUGGAGCUCAAGGAGCUGCUGGUGCUACUGGUUUCCCUGGUGCUGCUGGAAGAGUUGGAUCUCCUGGUCCCAAUGGCAACCCUGGUGCUGCUGGCCCUGCUGGACCUUCUGGUAAAGAUGGUCCUAAGGGAGUUCGUGGAGACUCAGGCCCCACAGGAAGACAGGGAGAUGCUGGGCUGCGUGGCGCUGCUGGUGCCCCAGGAGAGAAGGGAGAUGCUGGAGAGGAUGGACCCCCUGGUCCUGAUGGACCCUCAGGUCCCAAUGGAUUGGCUGGAUCUCGUGGUAUUGUUGGUCUGCCUGGGCAGCGUGGAGAGAGGGGCUUCCCUGGCCUUCCUGGACCUUCUGGCGAACCCGGUAAGCAGGGAGCUCCUGGUGCUGGCGGAGAUCGUGGACCCCCUGGACCUGUUGGGCCCCCUGGACUGAGUGGACCUGCUGGAGAGCCUGGUAGAGAGGGCAACGCUGGAGCAGAUGGACCCCCUGGAAGAGAUGGAUCAACUGGAGUCAAGGGAGAGCGUGGUAACACUGGUCCUGCUGGUGCCCCCGGGGCCCCUGGUUCCCCUGGUGCCCCUGGCCCCGUCGGCCCUCUGGGCAAGCAGGGAGACAGAGGAGAGUCUGGUGCCCAAGGACCCGCUGGACCCGCUGGACCAGCUGGAGCCAGAGGAAUGGCUGGACCCCAAGGACCCCGUGGAGACAAGGGAGAGGCUGGCGAGACAGGAGAGAGGGGACAGAAGGGUCACCGUGGGUUCACCGGUCUGCAGGGUCUGCCUGGACCUCCCGGUCCUGCUGGAGAUUCUGGUGCUGCCGGACCUGCUGGGCCCAGUGGAGCCAAGGGACCCCCUGGACCAGUCGGCCCUGCUGGAAAGGAUGGAUCUAACGGCCUGCUGGGACCUGUUGGACCUCCCGGACCCCGUGGACGCUCUGGAGAGACUGGGCCAGCUGGUCCUCCUGGUAACGCUGGACCCCCUGGGCCCCCCGGCCCACCUGGCCCUGGCAUCGACAUGUCUGCUUUCGCUGGCCUGUCUCAGCCUGAGAAGUCCCCUGAUCCCCUGAGGUACAUGAGGGCCGACGAGGCCUCCAGCACCCUCAGGCAGCACGACGUGGAGGUUGACUCCACUCUCAAGUCCCUGAACAACCAGAUCGAGAACCUGCGCAGCCCAGACGGUACCCAGAAGAACCCGGCCCGCACCUGCAGAGACCUUAAACUCUGCCACCCUGAGUGGAAGAGCGGUGACUACUGGGUGGAUCCCAAUAUUGGCAGCACUGCUGAUGCCAUCAAGGUGUUCUGUAACAUGGAGACCGGGGAGACCUGCGUCUACCCCAGCGUAGCCAAUGUGCCCAAGAAGAACUGGUGGAGCAGCAAGGGCAAGGACGGCAAGCACAUCUGGUUUGGAGAGACCAUGAACGGAGGAUUCCACUUCAACUACGCACAGGACGGCCCUGCUGCCAAUGCUGCCAGCAUCCAGCUGACCUUCCUGAGGCUGCUGUCCACAGAGGCCUCCCAGACCCUCACCUACCACUGCCGCAACAGCGUAGCCUACAUGGAUGCCUCCACAGGCAACCUGAAGAAGGCUUUGUUGCUGCAGGGCUCCAACGACGUGGAGAUCAGAGCAGAGGGCAACAGCCGCUUCACCUACGGCGUGUUGGAGGACGGUUGCAAGAAACACACAGGCCAGUGGGGCAAGACUGUCUUCGAGUACAAAACACAGAAGACCUCCCGUCUGCCCAUCGUGGACAUUGCUCCCAUGGACGUCGGAGGGGCAGACCAGGAGUUCGGAGUGGACGUAGGCGCAGUCUGCUUCUUGUAAAGUGGAAUAACUCAACGACCAAAAACAUGAAAGAAAUAACUCAACUAUGAAACAUUACACACUCCACAAAAAAAGAAGACAGGAAAUUAAAAAAAGAUAAUUGCUACUUUUUCUCUCACAAAGAAGUGCUCUCCAAGUUGUACUCCCUGGAUGUUAGCACUGAAGGGCACCGGCAAUAUCCGUACGUAAUUCCAACGUUCCCUGUCAACCCACUUCCUGAGAUCCAGUCAUGUUUCCCAUGUGGCCCAGUGUUGACGGGAAUGAGUCAGAGCCAGGAGGAAGAGGGACCAAGCAAAGGACGAGUGAUGCAGAACAGAAACAUGACUCGAUGUCACUUAUUUAUUGUCCAACCUCAAGGGUCAGAGGUGAGGUAGGACUGGGUGGGUUUACUAUAAAAGCAAGACAAGCCCCUCCCACUAUAGAACACCUAGAACCAGCCAGUCCUGCUCCACCUCCCUCCCUGUCUCCUUCCUGACCCACAAAUGCGGCAUUUUGAAUCAAUGUAGACCAAAAAAUAUUUUCAGUAAUUAUAACAAUUCCAGGUGCUCCCACUUUUUUUUCCAUCAAGAGCAGGAGCAAAUCUUUUACUGUGUAUGAUAAAUCCUUGGUUCUAUUGUUGUAAAAGUCUGUGUUUAUAAACAACCAGAUGGUUUUAUAUAUUUCCACAUAAUGUGUGUACAUGUGUCUAUAUGCACACCAACACUUUUUGGAAAGUGAGGUUUCAUUUGGGAUGUAUUUUUCAUUGUCCUUUACCCUUGAAUGCCCAUUAGUGAAAAGUGUUUUGACCCAGUUAAUGAGCAUCCAAAGUUUUCGAAUAAAUUUGGGAGAGAAAAAAAAACA